UUUCCGCAUGCGUAGUCGCUGAGAUAGGGUUGUCCGGCGUCCACAGAUGUCCUAUUGACUAGAAGAAAGCGGUGCUGGACGCAACGAGGGACCUGUUGCUUCAUAGCGCUUUCUGGGGGUUAUCCCUGAAGUGUCUUUCGCCUGACUUUGUUCCAGGCUUGUCACCGCCUGGACCAGUUUCCCUUAUGCUUCAAAAUGUCCCGUCUGCAGAGAGAAAGAAUACUAGAGAAUUGAGAGAGCUAAUGCUGAAAUGGAGUUCUUUACAAGUCCCUUUUAGUAAACAUUUAUUGAAGAAUCCACAGAGUUAAUUGGGGCAGUCCCAAGGCUCGUCAUGGCUUCCAGUCACACUGUGUUGAUGCGGUUGGUAGCCUCAGCAUACUCCAUUGCUCAGAAGGCAGGAACCAUAGUCAGACGUGUUAUUGCUGAAGGAGACCUGGGUAUUGUGGAGAAGACCUGUCCAACAGACCUGCAGACCAAAGCUGACCGACUGGCACAAAUGAGCAUAUGCUCUUCACUGGCACGGAAAUUCCCCAAACUGACAAUUAUAGGGGAAGAGGAUUUGCCUGCUGAGGAAGUGGAUCAAGAGCUGAUUGAAGAUGGUCAGUGGGAAGAAAUACUGAAGCAGCCAUGCCCGUCACAGUACAGUACUAUUAAGGAGGAAGAUCUUGUGGUCUGGGUGGAUCCUCUGGACGGUACCAAGGAAUAUACUGAAGGUCUUCUUGACAACGUAACAGUUCUUAUUGGAAUUGCUUACGAAGGGAAAGCCAUAGCAGGAGUUAUUAACCAGCCAUACUACAACUACCAGAACAAUGGAAAGCAGAAGUUAAGGGAACACAGGAAUGAAGCAAAGGCAGGACCAGAUGCUGUGCUGGGAAGGACAAUCUGGGGAGUUUUAGGUUUAGGUGCCUUUGGGUUUCAGCUGAAAGAAGUGCCUGCUGGGAAACACAUUAUCACGACAACCCGAUCCCAUAGCAACCAGCUGGUUACUGACUGCGUUACCGCCAUGAAUCCUGAUGAUGUGUUGCGAGUGGGAGGGGCAGGAAAUAAGAUUAUUCAGUUGAUUGAAGGCAAAGCCUCUGCUUAUGUAUUUGCAAGUCCUGGAUGUAAGAAGUGGGAUACCUGUGCUCCAGAAGUUAUUUUACAUGCUGUGGGAGGCAAGUUAACCGACAUUCAUGGAAAUGCCCUGCAGUAUAACAAGGAAGUGAAGCACAUGAACUCUGCAGGCGUCCUGGCCACCCUGAGGAAUUAUGACUACUAUGCAAGUCGAGUUCCCGAAUCUGUUAAAAAUGCUCUUGUUCCUUAGAGGGACAUCUCAUUUACUUGGCUAGGAGAAGGACUUGGUUCUCAAAUUAAUAGAUUUUAAAACGAAUCGGAGGGAAUUAAGAGCUCCACCUUUACUCUGUUCAGUGUUGAUCAACGAUUUAUAUUUAAUUACUUAGGAGGAGAAACUAGGAUUUUAAAAUUCCUUGAUUAAAUGAUCAACCAGACCAAUUUUGACAUCUGGAGAAUUUGUAAAGUCUGUCACAUUUCUUUUCCUCCUUUUAUUUGGA